AUGUUUGCAUGCCUUACUAAAGAAGCCGGAAAAUGCUCCAGGAGAUUAUUUUCAACAAUCCAGAAAGGUCGGAAGUACACUAAAGAGUUCCAGACCUACCUUAUAGACGACUCUGGACGACCAGCUUCGUUUUUUCACGAUGUUCCAUUGGAUUUAAAUCCAAAAACAAGCACAGCUUCGAUGGUUAUCGAAAUUCCAAGAUAUUCGCAAGCAAAGUUUGAAAUAUCAAAGGAACUGCCCUGGAACCCAAUAACGCAGGAUACCAAGAAAGGAAAAUUGAGAUACGUCAACAACAUCUUCCCAUUUAAAGGCUACCCGUUUAAUUAUGGUGCUUUUCCACAGACUUGGGAGGAUCCAACGUUUGAAGCCUUGGGAAAUAAAGAAUUGUAUGGAGAUGAUGAUCCGCUUGAUGUGCUUGAAUUGGGAAGUACUGUUGGCAAGUUGGGUGAGAUCAAAACUGUAAAAGUGUUGGGUGCUUUGGCAAUGAUAGAUGAAGGAGAGCUAGACUGGAAAAUCAUUACAAUCAACUUGAAGGAUCCAAUGGCUAAAGUAUUGACAGACAUUAAUGAUGUUUCAACUGUUAUGCCCGGAUCUCUAAAUGCAAUCAAAAUCUGGUUUAAGGACUAUAAAAGACCCGCUGGUAAACCAGAGAACACCUUUGCAUUCGAUGGAAGGUACUUAGGCCGCAAUGAUGCUGUUUCUGUAAUUGAACAGUGCAACAAAAGAUGGUCAGCUCUCGUCUCCGGGAAAACAACACUCAAGGGAAAAAAGCUUCCUCAGAUUUUAAAUUCGACCAUUAGGGAGUCUAUUGGUUUUAGAAAUCGAACCGAACUCCAUAUUGAGGCUUAUUCAGGUGAGAAUGGUGUUCCUAAACCUGAUUCGACUGUAUUCUAUUACGGAAAUUAA